GUUGUUAAUUUCUAAGUCAAAUCGGCCAAAACGUCUCACGGAGCAAUAGAGUUUUUAUUUUGAGCUGAAAAUUCUCAAUCUCUACACAUCCCAAAAUGUCCCUCUCGCUGGUUCUGCGUGGCGCUCUACGUUGCAAUGCCGUAAAUCUCGUCAAGUCGGCCCGCAUCACGCCCCUGAAGAGCUACUCCACUUUGGUGGCCAAUGCCCAGCGUCGGGCGGUUGUCCAGCCCCUGUCUCUGGCCAAGAUUGCUGCACCCGUUGUACGCCGUGAGAUCUCCGCGAGUGCUCCCCGCAUGGCCUCCGCCGAAUCGAGUCACACUCUGCUGUGGACCGUGGAGCGCGUUGUGUCCGCCGGUCUGCUGGCUAUCAUCCCAGCCGCCUUCAUCGCCCCAUCCCAGGUAUUGGACGCCCUGCUGGCCGUCUCCGUCGUCAUCCACACCCAUUGGGGCGUUGAGGCCAUGGUGGUCGACUACAUGCGGCCAUCUGUCGUGGGCAAUGUCCUGCCCAAAGUGGCCCACAUUGCGCUGAUCGUCAUCUCGGUGGCCACUCUGGGCGGUCUUUUCUACUUCAUCCAGAACGACGUGGGUCUGGCCAACGGCAUCAAACGCUUCUGGGCCAUCAAGGGCAAGGAUGCCGAGAAGAAGGCUUAGAAGUCAAGAGCAACUAGUUGACGAACCACGAAACACCAGUUAUUUAUUCAUAGUUUCGCGAUAAGCAGUAAAUAAACAAUUGUAAAAAGAA